GUGUCGAGUGAGCUGCCGGAUAUCGAGGACGACGAUGAGGAGGAGGAAGAGGACGAGGAUGAGGAGGAGGAGGACGAGUCCGAACUGGCUUCAACUUUGGCGCAACUUAUGCGCGAAAACAAACGCUUAGAGGCCUUGAAUACCUCAUACGUGGAGAAAAUUAUUGCCCAACGGAACAGUUGUACCGACCUUAAGGUAACCUCUUCUGUUUCUUCCUUCCUGUUCAGUCUCCCGCUUCUUCUGGAGUCACUAUCUUUAGUAGUAUUUUGCGCAUCAUUUUUUCUUUUUUUCUGCGAUAUCACGUCCAUUUUCCCUUUCUUGAUUUGGCCCCACUACGGGAUUGCAUUUCGUCUUCUUCGUAGGAAUUUUGAUAGUAGAGGCAGAGGGGUGGGAAAAAGAACAGGAUCAGCGGGUAUUGGGACAUCAGUGACGGUAGCAGUAUCAGUAUUACUACUUCUACUGAUGCGAAUAUUACUAUGA